CCUGUUUGACCAACUUGCAACAUUUAAUUUUUUGUUGUACACAUGUUCGUAGCUAAUUUUUUUCUCAGAGGAGCUAACUUGUGCCUAACAUAAUUAUGAACUGAUGGUACAAUAACGCGAGAAGUUACUGAUUAUCUUAUGAUGUCCAAAAAUGUUUAAGUUAAAACGCUGAGCGAGGGAAGUAUUGUGAUAAAAAAUGCCGAAUUUCAGAUAUUAAGUUUGAUGUUUCCUCGCGCUUCCACAUUAUGGAAAUCCAUUACACCAAUUAACAGCAGCAUGCUGUGGCAUCAAGGUAACUGUACUUCAUUUUUGAAAAUCGAAACAGUGACGGCGGAAUUGAAAUGCAAAUAGCAAAUUAGUUGCUCCAAACGUAUUUUUGUAUUGAAUCUACCACAUGCUGAUCAUUUAUGGGCAUUGUCAAAACUCUCCCAAUUUUUGUCUCAAGUUUUCGAUAAUUUUAGGGUCACAGCUAACAACGUUUCAAUGGGAUCAGUCAUAACGUCAUGCAGCGAGGCUUUUGAGAAGGACAUACAGUAAUGAUUACUCGAAGAGCAUAUCUGUCGUGAUUUUUCGACGUUGGGAAAUUUGAUAAAAGUCGUAUAUGAAUGCGGGGGAAGUAUUAAUAAGUCUGGUAAUUGACGUCAUUUUUUCGUCAGUUGUUAUUCUUCUCACCUUUCUUACAAAUAAAAUCUCCUGAAUCCAGCAGUUACAAUAAGACCUCAUAGCAUCAUGGUAACAUUUGUCGUUCUGUGAAACGUAAUCAUAUACCUAAGAGCUACGUUGUCCGUAAAGGUAUGUAAGAAGUUCAACGAAGUAAGCAGCAAACUGUUGUCCAGAGGGUUUAUCCAGCUGGAAAAGAAGCAUGCAUCCAUUUAUAAGAGAGUGAAGGCACUGUUGCCAAGACGCGAGUCUGAAAGGCGAUUGCAUCCGAUGGCCAGACAUUCUGACGUACUGCAAGCGGUCGAGACUAGGAUCAGUAUGCUCAACAUGACGUACAUGAAGUACAUUGAGAGCAACUUGCUUUGCUUUAUACCAGGGAAGGUAUUGGACGAGAUGAAACAUGUCUUAUCACUAGUGGAAAAAGAUCAUACACCCCCGAGAACACACCAGUUACUACAAGAACUGCGAGACCUGAGUAGCAUGGCAAUGGAACAUUUUGAUGAACACAUCUUACCUGGCAUCAAGGAACAAUUAAAUAGAAGAGAGGUUCUCAACUGCACAGCAUCAACAUCAUCAAAAGUACCAAGAUUGUUCUAUAACUACAGCAUUACCAGUGAAUUGCAUAAAGUCAAGAAACAAAGUAAGACGCAUAAACAUCAUAUAACAUUCCUUACUCAAAGUACGCAGAAACUAUGGGAGAAGUUGAAAAGACAGAAUGUACGCCUGAAGGCCCAAGCGGUGAAAAUUCGCGAACAAGAGCGCAAGAUCCAAGAACAAACGACUAAGAUCCAGGAACAAGAAGGCUCAUUGGCCGAUAUCAAAAAACACAUUGAUGAAUGGGACCAAAAGUAUAAAGAUCUCACCAGCGACCUCAUACGCGCCAAAGAUGAUAUAUUAUCAGCUAUGGUACAUUCCAGGCCCUCGACGAGCAGUCCGAUGCCUCCAAACUCGCCGCCAAAAUCGUACAAAUCCAACAUCCGCCCAAGGAUGUCCCACAUUCUGCCACGCAGCUGCAUAAGCUUGCAGCUGGACCUAGAACGCAAGAGAAAGUCCAACUUAUUGCCAGAGAUUCCGUUGAAGCGAUUGAGAGAGAAGGAAGAAACCAAGGUAGACGAACUGACGUUGAAGAUACCAUCUUUCUCGGAUAUGCAGAAGGAGGCUAAAAAAGAUAGCGAUCCACCGGAUACUAGCACCUCCAGGUAAUAUUGAGGAGGACAAGGCGGAAGGUUUCCAUCAUAUUUGAAUUUAUACUUCUUUUUGUUUGGAGAAAAAUUGUACAUCACUGGUUUUUUAAAAAUAAGUGUCGUUUUGUCAAAGCCAUAUUGAUUCCGCUUGAAAAGUGUCUCUUGAUGUCACUUGUUAAACAAGUGCGAACUUGAUCACUAUUUUUUAAUAAUGAUAAACGGAUUGAUAAAGUCAUCUUUAUUUAGAAAAUCCUGAACAAAAAAUUCCAAGAAGCAUUUUUUAAGUACGACCAAUCUGGCUUCAAGACACUGAUACUGUUUUUGCAAUAACCAGUGGCGUACUUUUACUUUGUAUAAGCUUGCCUUGCCGACACGAACGCCUCUGAUGUAUGUUAUUUAGAAACCAAUAUCGUGUAUCUUAAUGUGACCUUUGGUAACUCGUUUGGGUAUAGCAUAACUCAACUCAGUCAAGGUGAACUAUCAAAGACGGACAGCUUGUAUAAUACAACAAUAAUAAGCAAUGCAUUUCCGCGGUUACGUUUAUAUUUCAUUGUACUAAAUCUGUUCUUUAAGUUAUGUGGCAACAUUCCCUAAUACCCCGUAGAUAGAUAGCUGGAAUAUCUACCUUUAGAGUGUACAUUAAACCUUAAAAGAGUAAAAGCUACCAGUUAUAUAUUCUAUUACUGAUGCAAGAUACUCGACAAAAUUGUCAGACGGAAAUCAAGAAGAAGAUUUCUGUAGUCAAAAAACUGGUCACCUUUAUUUAGCAUCUCAAAGUACGAGGUCUGUAAUGCAAUACCCAGUUGUUCUUGAUAUGAUGAACGGUGGUGUGAGUUAAAUUCAAAACUUUUCUGUCAACCGACGAUCUGAACGCACAAGAUCCCGGAUUUUGUCGAUAUUUUCAUCGGUUCUUAAAGAUGAAGGCCUUCCGCUUCGUGGUUCAUCUUCAGUCGUCUUUCUCCCUUCUGGAAAUGCCUUAAAUCUCCGUAAGAAUGUUUAGCAAAAAUUUCCGUUGCACUGUGCCCAAGUGUGGGUCAAAACUAUUUUUAGAAUACAAUAGAAAAAACUGUUCCACAAAAAAAAAUCGCUACGGACAACCAAAGGACUCGAGCGAGUUCGAACUUGUACUGAAGCGGGUCACAGGUUCCUUGUCUCCAGUGUUGCCAGAUCGAACGCUGCGUUGCCUGUCUCAUUACUUGAUUUACAGACCUCGUAUACUAAUAAUGCUUGUUAUAUGAAUUCCUCGCAUUCUUUUGUAGUCACUUUUAUUAGAAAGUAAUUUUUUUAAUAUAGGUCUGUGAAUUUUCAAAUAUUCACUAUCUCUGACGGAAGCUUGUUGCAGGUUUCGGAGCAGUGAUUUCAGCUCAAUGAUCAGCAGUUCAUUAGAAAGUUUGCUUAGAAAUAAACUGCCAGGCAUAAGUUCCCGUAAAAGGAAAAUGGCCGAAGAUAUUGACUUGAAGUAAGUCGUUGUAAGACAAUUUUUGGACGAUAUAGAUCAAAUAAAAGGUGGUUAUGUGCAUCUGUGUAAAUGUAAAAUAUGUUCGUAUAUCCCAUAGCGUACAUACGAUGUUCAUUUGAAGUUGGUUCACGUAUAUGGGUGUUAAAUUGUUGGAAGCAGUCAGUUUGAUAUAUUAUUGCAUGCCAGAGAUAUUGAGAAGUAUUUAAUGAAAAACAGUCGAAGUGAUGUUUUCUACAAAGAAGUAAAUAUUUAGCACUGUUAAAAAGUGAUGUUUCAUUUGGAACACGGCAUUAAAAAAAAUAAUGAAAACUUAAAAAAAAUAAAGAAAUACUGUAACACGUAGAUUUUAUGUGACAUGGGAAUUGAGUUCACCAUGUUUUGGAUCAGAUUUGUUGUAGGUAGGAAAUAAUGGCUGAAAGUUUAGCCAUAUAUGGUACGAAUAUUGGGUAAAUUCUCAAUUUUUAAAUAUACCUCAUAAUAUUCCCAUACAUAUGCCUCAUUCAUUCAUUAUAGCUACUCAACAGAUCUUUUAUUUGUCUAUAUCCUCCACUAAUUUAUCACAAUCGGUCGUUGUAUAUAGUUUUUAUGUGAAAGAAGCUCACAUAUGUUAUGAGAAUUCUUGUCAGUGUAAGAUAGUAUCAAACAUUAUUUGAUAUAUCACCCAUGUUUAACUAACGUCAUAUGUUUUCAUUUAAUAUGUAUCUCACACUAACGUAGCAAUAUGUGUUUCAUGAACAUUUUUCGAUUUGGUACAAAACAAAACUGAUAUAGCAGUAUUUCGAGUUGAUAAUAUUGGGUUUCUUAUAUUACGCAAAAAAAGAAGAACUGAUUUAGUUAUUUAAUAAGGAUUCAGUUGUUUUUUAGUAGAGGAUCUUCCACUAUCGUUGAUAUCUGCAUCGUACUAUAUCUAUUGUUUAUGGUUCCGACCCUUUCAGUACUUAGUAUUCAGAAAUUGUGAUCCCCUACAUUCGGUACCAUUUCUAUAAACUCGUAAAAGAGGUCUAGGCUGAGGAAAAAAUGCGGUUGACAUAUCUGAAUUGGAACUUUACCUAAAAGAAAAAGAAGUUAUUUUGAACACAUACGAGGGGUAUCUCCUCGUAUAUUCCAAAAAGAAUGUGCAAGAUCCCACUGAGAUUACAUGCAUCAUAGUAAUUAUUGUCGUUAACAAAAUAUGGAAAUUGUCAAAAAUUAAGCGAAAUGUAGCAAAUAACAUUUUGUUCAAUUCAACGUUCUAUUGAAAGACUCGUUCCGCAAAAUAUUUGAGCGUCUUGAGGUAUUUUGUAGAUUAACUUGAUAUUAUAUAUUAUAUUUCGUUUCAAGGAGUUGUGAACGUGUAGAAUACAUGUUCCGGACUAACAUUAUAAUGUUUUUCUUUGAAUUUUCACUGUAUUAUUUUAGUUGGAUAUAGUAUAUAUAGUACAGGGUAUUCCGAAAAUUGGGGUUGUCUUUUCAGACAACUACACUAGGAAUACGAAAGCUAAUGUGCGGCUAAGCAGCGCUAAAAGAAAUGAAGAAAUUUUCGUUUAAUAAAAGCUUAUAUAGUGGCCACACGUUGCUUAUAAAUGCUGUUCGAAGUUGUCACCGUUCGACAAGUAUUUUAUAUUGGUUGAUAUUAACAAGUCACAAAUAUGUUGCUCAGUUAAUGACGUGCGGUAUUUAUUUUUUACAUAAUCAAAGUUUGACAACCGUUGUCGUAAACAUAUGUAUGUUGAUCCGAAACUACUUAAGAACUGUAAUGCUAAGUCAGUUAUGGUACCAAUUUCCAAAAAAUGUACAAAAUAUUCUGGCUAAAUAAAGUGUCGCCCGCGGGCGUGGCGAUGAGCAACCUUGCUCUAAAUAAUAGCUAACCUCUCCAAUCUAAAAAAAAACUGUGCAUUUUUAAUAGUGGAAGGUUCGAUAUAGUAUAAAAUACGCAUUAUAACUGCAAUGUAAUGUUUCAAUGAAUGUGUUUAUUGUGAAUAUUUCAUGGAAUAGAUGCUAGGUUGAU